AUGGGGCUGCCCUUGAAGACUACUUGCGAGCUUCCUCGGGCCCAGAAUGCAAUGGUGCAGAUAGCGAUGGGCGUAUCUCGGACAGCCUUUAACAACAACGUCCACUCCGCCUACGAUGCCCUCGGUGCCGGGGCCAAGGACAAGAAAGCCGGCGUGGACGGGAAGAUCUACAGCGAGCUGCUGCGACUACUGUGCCAAGACCGGGGGGCCUCGGACGAGACCUUGCAGCCCCUCCUGCAGAAGGUCUCGUGCCGGGACCACGAAGCGGUGCCCUUCGACAUCUUCCGCUACGGGGUCCUCACCUGCCUGAUCCUUCUGGAGUUCCUGGCCAAGGCCGAUGGCCUUUACGACGCCCUCGACAAUGGCUCGGGCGCCGCCGACAAAAGGGUCUGCACGGCCGUGCUGGGCACGCUGGAGGAUGCUCUCCACCUCGCCGACGUCUCUCCUCCCAUCCGUUGCUUGGAGGCCGGAUCCAAGCUCAGGCCGGACUGCUUGGCGAUGGCUAUGGACCGGGCGCUGUUGGAGAGGAAGGCCAGCGCGGCCAUGAAGAAGGACGAGUUUCUCAAGAGGGCUUCGUCCAUCUUUGUGACAAAAGUGAAGUCGAUUCACUAA